AGCUCUUUCUCUCGAUGCUCUUCGUGGGCUUUAUCUUCGCUGUUGAUUCAGUGGCGUGCCUGAAAAUACUUGGCAAGUCUAGAGGACAAUUCUUUGCAGGAACAGCCGCCACGAUCGCAGCGCUUCUCUGUUUUGCGUCACCACUUUCGAUAAUGGGACUGGUCAUCAAAACCAAGAGUGUAGAGUAUAUGCCACUUCUGGUCUCCCUUGCGCUCUUAUUCAAUUGCGUCACUUGGACGGUUUACGCCCUUUUGGGGAAAGACGUGUUUCUCACGAUUGCCGAAGCCAUGGGAACUGCAUUGGCUGUCGGACAGCUGAUUUUGUAUGCUUGCUACUGCCGUGUCAAAAAGCCACCGGUCCAUGUGGAAGAGUCACUUUUUGAGUCGUCUAAGGAUCACUCCAAAGUGGAGAUUGCUGUCAUAGUUGCACAGCCAUCCGAGGAUUAGGAAGAGAUUAGAACCAUUCAAUUGAUCCGGCUCCUAAACCAAGCUCACAACGCUUGAACAACC